AUGGACCCCGUCAUCAUAAAGCCGGAUGAUGUAGCUGAGGCGGUCCGUAGGGCCCUGAACUGGAAAAGUCCGGGACUCGACGGACUGCAUCACUACUGGCUGAAGGGUUUCAUGGUGUGUCACGCUGUGCUCACCCGACAGUUUCAAGAGGCUCUCGACCAAAAGUCGCUCCCGAGCAUCUUCACUACUGGGAUCACUCAUUUGGUUCCUAAAGACGGGGAUUCCACAGACCCGAGCAAAUACCGCCCCAUAACGUGUCUACCUACCAUAUACAAGACACUAACAUCCAUUUUGAGCGCGAGAAUCAUUCGUCACCUGAACUCAAACCAGGUGAUGUCGCGUGCCCAAAAUGGAUGUCGGGGCGGUGGUCGUGGGACCAAGGAACCACUCCUCAUUGACGCGGUCGUUGGCAACAUGGUUAAACGCAACCGUCGGAAUCUCUCCGCCGCCUGGAUAGACUACAAAAAGGCAUUCGACUCAGUGCCUUAUACAUGGCUUAGAGGGUCCUCGAGCUGUACAAGAUUGACUAUACAGUUAGAGACCUCGGGCAGUAUAUGGGGCAGUGGAGUACGAUCCUUUGUCAUCUAG